AUGGGUGGUCCCUCUGGAGUCGCUGCAGCAGGAGGUAGCGAGAUCUACAAGACUCUUCGCAACAAUGUCAAUCCCAAAUGGAGGCAGGAUCCUGGUCUUCGAAGACUCAACAUUGGUGUCGCUACAAUGUUCGCUUCUGCCGCCGCCAAUGGUUAUGAUGGCUCUCUCAUCAACGGGUUGCUCGCCAUCCCUCGCUUCAAUGCCAACCUUGGAGAUCCUAGCUCGAACCUCCUGGGCUUAACCCUUGCCGGUAUCAGUUUGGGUGGUGUUCCCUCCUUCAUCCCAGCAUCCUAUGUCAGUGAUUACAUGGGUCGUCGCUUCACCGUCUUCAUCGGUUCCUUCAUCAUGCUGGCUGCGGCUGUCAUCCAGUGUGCGACAUCAGGUGUCUACGCCUUCCUCGGCACUCGCAUCAUGCUCGGUGUUGGCCUCGGAUUCUCACAGACCGCUGCUCCACCUCUUACCACCGAGAUUGCUCACCCCAAGCACAGAGCUAACGUCACCAACCUCUUUCAAGCUACCUGGUACUGGGGAUCUAUUCUUUCUGCCAGCAUUUCUCUCGGUACUCUUUUCUUGCAAAACAGCUGGAGUUGGCGUAUUCCCUGUCUUCUUCAAGGCCUGUUCCCUGCCAUUCAAUGCCUCGGUCUCCUAAUUGUCCCCGAAUCGCCUCGCUGGUUGAUCUCCAAAGGUCGCGAUCAAGAAGCUUUGGACAUCCUGGCUCGCUACCACGCGAACGGUGACAAGGACGAUGAGCUUGUCCAGUACGAGUUUCAAGAGAUUUGCCAGGCUAUUGAGAUGGAGAAACAAGCUGCAAAGUCUACAGGCUGGUCUACAUUCCUCGCCACAAAGGGCAACCGCCACCGUCUCCUGAUUUGUGUCUUGGUCGGCUUCAUGAUCCAAUGGGCUGGCAAUGGCAUCGUGUCGUACUAUCUCGCUCCUAUUCUCAAGAGUGUCGGUAUCACAAGCUCCAUCACCCAAGCUGGUAUCAACCUUGCUCUCCAAUUCUAUAACGCAGGCCUGUCAUUUGCUGGAGCACUUGCUGCCGAACGCUAUGGUCGUCGCCCUCUCUGGCUGCUCUCUGCCUCGGGAAUGCUAGCUUCCUUCAUCGUUGUGACUGCGCUUAGUGCCACGUUCGCUGAACAUGGCAUCAAGGCUGCCGGAGGUGCUACUGUCGCAUUCCUCUUCAUAUUCUACGGUUUCUACGACAUCGCCUUCACUCCGCUUUCGAUCGCCUACCCUGUUGAGAUUCUGCCUUUCAAUCUUCGCUCCAAGGGUCUUUCUGCCAAUCUGACAACCGUAUUUGCUGCCGGCUUCUUCAACCAAUACGUCAACCCUAUUGCUCUGGAAGCUAUUCAAUGGAAGUUCUACUUUGUAUACAUCGCCACUCUUGCCGCUAUGAUCCCAACCAUCUACUUUGUAUUCCCAGAAACCAAGGGACGAACUUUGGAAGAGAUCUCGCUCGUGUUCGAUGGAGAGGUUGCGCAGACUUUUGCCUUUCGUCAAGCCUCUUUUGCUAAUGAGAAGAUCUCGGGCGAUAAGGAAGUCACAACCAAUGUCGAAACACAGACCUCGGGAGAAGCAGGCUUGCCGCCGAGCUCUGUUCCCGAGCCCUACGAUGAUGAACUCGUGCCUACCAAGCUACAGGACACUACUCGUCUUGCCGAUGAUCACACGGCCAAAUUCUCUUUGCCAUCGGGAUUGAAUGUCGGAUACGAAGAAGUACUAAACGUCAGUCAAUAUCAUCUGGGUGAUAGACCACAAUCGUCGACGUGGCCGUUCAAUAUCAGCCUAGCUCUCCUGGAACCCUACUUGGACAUCUAUCACUACAAGCUCUUUCCAGUCUGGCCGGUCGUGAAUAAGGAAGUUCUUAUGAUGAGAUUGCAGACCGCAGAGCCUGAUCCGACUGCGUAUAUGUUAGCGAGCGGUGUCUGUGCAGCUACAAUGCUGCAGCUGCAGCUUUCGGUCUUUGGUGCUCUCGGAGAUGCGCUGGAGCCUAGCGUCAUGCUUGCAGAGAUUGAAGAUCUCAGAAGGAUUUAUGACUACCGUGAAAGUCCGACAAUUGACCACUUGUCAACAAGCUUCUUCAUGCACGUUGCCUACAUACACCUUGACCGUCGGACAACAAGCACACUAUUGCUCAGAGAAGCCAUCACUCUUGCUUAUAUGCUUGAUCUGCACAGACCUUCUCAUUACGACGAGAUCGCGGAUGCGGACCGUCAGAACCAUCUUCGCAUGUUUUGGCUGCUCUUUAUCACGGAGAGAGCACACGCCACACAAUACGAUAUACCAUGUAUCAUGACCAUUGACCCUGGUAUGCCAGAAUUGGACACUGAGAGCCAGCCAUACGUGCUAUCAGCGUUUAUCAUGCUCUGCAGGAUGUUCAGAUCGUUCUCCGAUGCCACCGCUAGGGACGGUCUGACGCCUGACAACUUGUUGUCCUUUAACAACCAGCUUCUGCAAAUACCGACGCUGACUGAGCAUCACAACGACCUUCAGAAAGCUGAUCUCUCGGUAACGCAACAAUGGCUUCGCCUAAUGUUCUGGAAACUGGCAAUCAACAAAGUCAUCAUGACCGUUAACACGAACGACGAUAUCCGAAGUGUUUUCUUCCCCAUCUCUCUGGCUAAGGACUUGCUGUCAAACAUUUCGAACAUGUCCAUCGAUACACUUGAAGCUCAUGGACCGGGAAUGGAGCUCAAGCUUUUUGAAGUCACAAACUCGGUAGCCGACAUGAUAACCUUGAAUCCUCAUCAAGCCAUCUCGACCUUCGAGCUCGGACCUCAGGAUAUCUUGGUGCAUCUUGCGCAUAUCAUCGGUAGAUUUAGAGGUGGCAACAAAACUUUGCUGCCCUUGCUACAAUCUCGCCUCUCUGGCAUCGGGCUUGAGUCAUCCAUCUUGCCUCGCAUCACGGACGUCACGUAUGACUCUCCAGAUACCAAUCGCGAGAAGGGCUCGAUUGAGAGCAAUGAAGCAUUGGCUGAUCACAAUCUGCAUGACCAUGCACAAUCAUUCUAUGGCCCUGAGAUUGCCUACGAUGUAGCUUCUACGAGUUGGUAA